AUGCCGCGGAAAGAACCUUACGCAGCAGCCCGCGCCCGCGCCGAAGCGACACACGACAUCCCCGCCGCCGAGGCCGAGCAAGCGCAGCUCGCGGCGCUCGUCAACAUUCCAUCAGAUGACUCCCCUUACACGCUCCCUGGCACGGUAGCUGGCCUAGACAUUAGCUACGAGGUGGGCACGAAUCGCGUAGUGGCCGCAGCGGUACUGGUAGACACAUCGACGCUAGAGGAACUAGGCAGUGCAACGCUCUUCGGCACCCAGGCAUUCCCCUACGUCCCCGGUCUCCUGGCAUUUCGGGAAGUUCCUCUCCUUCUCUCCGCCCUUGACGAGCUCUACUCUACUACCGGGAGGAUGCCCGACAUGCUCCUCUGCGACGGGCAGGGCAUCGCACACCCUGCCCGCUGUGGCCUCGCCUCCCAUCUGGGCGUGCUAACUAGGAUCCCGAGUGUCGGCUGUGCCAAGUCCCACUAUAUUGGCGCAUAUAUGGAGCCAGGAGAUAAGAGGGGCGACCGGAGCGAGAUGGUCGACCGAGGUGAGGUCGUUGGACACGUCCUCCGGACGCAAGAUGGGAUCAAGCCCGUUUUCGAAUCUGCACCAGUUGCCGCCUUCACGUCCCUCGCUUCAACGGCGACGCUAUUUGGCUAG